AUGAACGGGAAAAAUGGUGCCGGUGAUAAAAAUGAGUGUUCCCCCAGUACAUCAUGUGAGUCUACCACCGAAUCGUCAGAUAUGACUUCAAAGGACUACUAUUUUGACUCAUACGCGCAUUUCGGAAUUCAUGAGGAAAUGUUAAAGGAUGAAAUCAGAACACUCACCUAUCGCAGUGCUUUAAUUCACAACAAACACCUCGUAAGAGAUAAAGUAGUGCUUGAUGUUGGUUGUGGGACCGCCAUCCUUUGUUUGUUUGCAAUCAAAGCUGGAGCCAAACAUGCCAUUGGAAUUGAUUGUUCAAACAUCAUUGAUCGGGCAAUGGAAGUCGUGCGAGCUAACAAUAUGGCGGACCGUAUCACUCUGAUCAAAGGAAAAGUCGAAGAAGUGGAACUACCUCCGGAGUACCCCAAGGUCGAUAUAGUCAUAAGUGAAUGGAUGGGUUAUUGUCUUUUUUACGAGUCAAUGUUGAAUACUGUCAUUUAUGCCAGAGACAAAUGGUUGGCACCUAAUGGCAUAAUUAUGCCUGAUCGUGCAACCCUGUAUGUGUGUGCUAUCGAAGAUAGACAGUACAAAGAUGAAAAAAUUAACUGGUGGGACAGCGUGUACGGCUUUGACAUGAGUUGUAUAAGAAAAGUUGCACUUACAGAACCUUUGGUUGAUGUUGUUGAUCCUAACCAAGUUGUGACUAAUUGCUGUUUAGUCAAGGAAGUGGACAUGUAUACUAUCACGGUUCCCGAAUUGACAUUCAGUGCACCAUUUACACUUACCUGCAAAAGGAAUGAUUAUAUUCAAGCCUUGGUUACGUUUUUCAAUAUAGACUUCACUUCUUGCCAUAAACCUACAGGAUUUUCAACAGGUCCUGACGAGCGCCGCUACACACAUUGGAAACAAACAGUUUUUUAUCUUGAUAAUGGCGAUGAUGACUGUCUAACUGUCAAGAAAGGAGAACAUAUUAACGGUGUGAUGUCUAUUAAACCGAAUGAACGAAAUAACCGUGAUCUUGAUAUCAACAUCAAAGUAGAAUUCGUGGGAGAACUUUCGUCGAUCGACAAAAUGUUUAACUAUCGUAUGCGCUGA